CUUGUACUCCGAGGAAAUAUAAAGUGCCCAGAGAAAAUAUGUUGUUAGUUGUUGAGUAUGUACAACAGCUCUUCAUGAAGAGAGAAUUCAAGUGUUGGCGCCAUCAGUUGAAGGAUAUCAAAAUCUUAUGGAGAAGUAUAAAAGGAAGCAUUAAGGAGGACAAAGUUAUGAACAUUACAAAUUUUGCGGUUUCAUCUCUUGGUGAAAAAGAUCAAAUCUGGUUUGUUUUGAUUUGGCGUUGAAUUCAGAUGACUUGUAGC